UUUUCAAGGAUAAGAAGCUUGAAACAUCAAUAGGGUAGGUUGAACUUGACACACAAUUUGAACUCAUAGUCAUUCACAGAAGCAGAUUAUGAGAGAUAAUUACAACAUGACCAUUGGACAAGAGCAGAAGAAUUUCGGAUCAGGGCAUUUUCGUCAUCACAAGGACGAAAUCUGGCACACAUUCAUCAAAUCAUUGCCGAGAUCUACUGUGAUCCUGGUUUUCCCCGUCGUCCUAAUCAUCGGCGCGCUGUUGUACACGCGCUCCAUCGACAUGAAUGAGGUCCUUCCCGCAGAUUCAUCUCCCAAACAAACAUUAUUUAGCACCACAACACACGACGUACCAAACCAAUCCCAGAAGCAAAUGGAGAUACCACUAAAUUGCAGUGGGUACAACAACAUCACCAAAACAUGUCCUGCAUAUAACCCCUUCUCAUGGACCAAUCAGGACCGUUCAUCGAGCCCCAUGUGUCCCGAUUACUUCCGUUGGAUCCACGAGGAUCUACGACCGUGGGCCCAGACAGGCAUAACAAAGGAGAUGGUGGAGAAAGCAAGAGCAACAGCAAACUUCAAACUAGUAAUAUUGAAUGGGAAGGCUUAUUUGGAGUGGUAUGAGAAGUCUUUUCAGACCAGGGAUGUUUUCACUUUGUGGGGAAUUUUGCAAUUGUUGAGAAGGUAUCCUGGAAUGGUGCCUGAUUUGGAGCUCAUGUUUGAUUGUGUGGAUUGGCCUGUGGUUUCAGUUGAUGGGGAUAGUGCUAAGAACCCGCCACCAGUUUUUCGUUAUUGUGGGAAUGAUGCCACGUUGGAUAUUGUCUUCCCUGAUUGGUCCUUUUGGGGAUGGCCUGAGGUUAAUAUAAAGCCAUGGGGAGUUUUGUUGGGAGAGUUAAAAGAGGUCAACAAGAAGACAACAUGGAUGAACAGAGAGUCUCAUGCUUACUGGAAAGGCAAUCCCGCUGUUGCUGAAACUAGACAAGAUCUCAUGAAAUGCAAUGUUUCUGACAAACAAGAUUGGAAUGCUCGUUUAUAUGCCCAGGAUUGGAUUCGUGAAACACAACAAGGGUUCAAGCAAUCAGACUUGGCAAGCCAAUGCAAUCAUAGGUAUAAGGUUUACAUUGAAGGUUCUGCUUGGUCUGUCAGUGAAAAAUACAUUCUGGCAUGUGAUUCUGUCACUUUAUUUGUAAAACCCCAUUACUAUGACUUUUUCACAAGAGGGUUAAUACCAGUGCACCACUACUGGCCCAUCAAGGAAGAUGAUAAAUGCAAGUCCAUUAAGUUUGCAGUGGAUUGGGGAAAUAGUCACAAGGAAAAGGCACAGAAAAUUGGAAAAGCGGCAAGUGAUUUCAUUCAAGAAGAGUUGAAGAUGGACUAUGUGUAUGACUACAUGUUUCACCUCCUAAGUUCUUAUGCUAAACUCUUUAGAUACAAACCAUCCAUUAGUGCUCAAGCUAUUGAGCUAUGUGUGGAGUCAAUGGUUUGUAAUGCAGAAGGAUUUGAAAAGAAAUUUAUGAUGGAAUCAUUGGUCAAGGGUCCUAAAAACACCAUGCCAUGCACCUUGCCUCCCCCUUAUGAUCCUCCAUCUAUCAAUGAACAAUUAAGGAGAAAGGAAGGUACAAUUCAACAAGUGGAAUCAUGGGAGACAAGAUAUUGGGAGAAACAAAAUAUGACAUCUUAAUGCCAGGGUCGUCCAAUACAUAAAGUUCAAAUAGGCAAUUGCCUUAGGCCCAAAAAAAUUAUUACCUAAUAAUAUAUACCAUUAAGAUUUGAGAGAAGUAAUUAAACAAUUAAAAAUCAUGUCGUAUUAAUUGCAACGUAAAUUAUACAACGUGAGAAUUGAGAAGUGCAGCUUUGUCAGUUAUUAGUAGUAUUUUGUAUUGAUAAAUUUACAUUUUCUGAAAAACUAAUAAACAAAA